AUGGGCAGAUGGCUGACGAUCCUUCAGCUCGUCGUCGUCGUCGGCCUUCUCGUCCAGCUCGCUGGAGCACAGUUCCCGUUCAAUGUGAUCGUCGUGCUGCCGGAACGCGAGUCGAAGAACGACAAUUUCGGUCUGACCCUUCAGAAAGCCAAGCCGGUCAUCGACAUUGCCGUCCAGGACAUUGUCGAGUCUGGCCGGAUGCCUCCCGGCUGGGUCAAUUUGACCUACUGGGACUCGCGUUUCUACGAUGACAUGGUCCUUGCCGAGCGGUUCUCCACUGUCGGUGUUAUUCAGGUCAGAUUUAUAUUCAUUUUUAUUUUGUGAUCACAAUGUAUAUUAUACUAAACGCUGGCUUGUGAGGCGACAUAGAAAAACUCUUUCUCAAGCCAGCGGCGGAGUAACUAGAGAUUGAAACAGUUCACUGCUAUUUAAAUUGCGACGCGUGUGUCUCGAAGCGGUCGCCAUGCGCUUCUGAUAUCGUGUUCAAAGUGAUUCCGAGAAAUUCAAAGUGACCGUCAGAAAGUGAGAAAUAUUUCAGAGAACCAGAAAUGGUUUUGAAUUUUCGCGUAAAUCACUUUGAACGCGGCAAUAAAUAAGACAUAUUCUUGAGUAUUUUCGUGAACGAAAAUGGAACCGAGUCGUUUCGCGACCGUACGCCACGAAAUUUCGCUUUUUAACUUUGAAUCAAAAAUAUUAUUUCCUUACCACAGUAGACUUUCAGGAGGUUUUUUUGGAAUAACAAGUUUGAAUCUCUUUUUGGAAUAGAUUAAAAUUUCCGUUUGAAUAGAUAAGUUUUUGAACUCAAGAAGAAUAGACAGUUAUUUUUUUCAUGAUUCUGGUAUUUUUCUAUUGAAAUUUUUUUAUGAGUUUUCGGAUUAACCAGUAAAAAGGAAAAAAAUAACCUUUUUUUAAUUAAUUUUUUUCGUUUUUUUCGCUAUAUUUUUUUGCUUGAAGGCAAUCGUUACAUUUUUGAUUUUUAUGGAGGAAUUUUUUUCUGGAUCGCCGUUCAAAAAGUUUUUUUAUUGCGUCAGCAAAAUAAGAAAAACAAAAAAAGCUUUAUCCAUCUGGUGGUUUUAUUGCGAAAAAAUGAGGAAGACGUUCAAAAUGAGAAUCUUUUUAUGAUUUUCUCAUUUGAUGUUGUGAAAGAAGUCUCGAAAAUGAGAGAAUUAAUCGAAAAAAGUCUAAAAACGAAGAAACUUGAAGAAAUCCAAUCUCAUUUUCCGUGACGUUUCCUAUUGAAACUACCAAGAAGACCUUCGGAGUUAAUAUUUUUCGUUCUGAAAGAAUUCCUUAAGCUUCGAGAGAAGUUUUUUUGAAGAAGAAACGUUUUUUUUUCGUCAAAAAACUUUUUUCAAACUACAAGAAAAGCUUCAAUAUCUUCAAAGAUUCUGCAAAGAGUGUUCAAAUAAAUCAGGAGGGGAAAUAAAAAGUCCCGGAGCUUUAUCUAACUAAUAAAAACAGCCGGAGGGGAUCCUCUUGGAGCUUCUUCUCAAAUUUCACUUUGUUUUUUUUCCUUGUGGUCACGCUCGACUGCAGCUCUACCAAAACAGUUUUCCUUUUUUCCUCUCAUAUUGUUAUUGCAAAGUGAAGAAAACAAUCGAACACAUUGAAAGCAGAGAAAAAAGGAAACAUUUAAGUUCUCCAAGUUCUUCAUUUCCGUUUCAUUCGAAAAAAAGCGGAAAAUUUUCGAAGGGUUUUUCAUGCAAUAAAGCUUUCAUUUCCAGACAAAAAAACAACUUUGAAUUUUUUGACAUUUUGACAUGACAUUUUAAUUCAUCAUUAAAAUAUUGAUUAUUUAUGGAAGUCUCCUCAAGUUUGCGGCAAUGAAACUGUCCAAUAAAAAAAUCUCUUUUUUUCUUUUUUUAUGACCGAUGUUUCAAAGUCAUCAAAGUUCCCAAAAAAAUGUUAUAGUUUUUAUAUUGAAAAUUAGGAAAGGCUGGGUUAAUCUUCAUUUUUUUAUGUAAAAGCUCAAAAAAAUAAUGAAAGCAUACAUUCAUCGAAAGUUUUGAAAAAAUGGUUUCAAAAAAUAAAUUUCUUUGAAGUUUCUUGCUGAGUUGUUCAAAGAAGCAUAAACUGAUUUUACAAAGGUCUGAAAAUCAUUUUGAGUGAUUUUCGAAGUCAUGCGAUUUUUAUGGGCCUUCAAAAUCCAAGCAAGGUUUUUUUGGCGUAUCAAAUUAGAUUAGAAACAAUAAUUGAAUUCCUGCUGUAUCAUUUUUCAUUUUCAUCAUUUGCAGGCCUACUGUGAGCACCGACUGGACGCGAUCCUCGGUUUCGCCGACAACUACGGCCUGGCCACCGUCACUAAAGUGACAGCGGGUCUGAACGGCGGAGUCCCGAUCCUGACCACCGCCGGAAUGCCUUCUCUUCUGAACUCCAAGAAAGAGUACCCAUUCUUGACGAGGAUGCGAGGAUCUUAUCGCUUGCUCGCCGACUCGAUGUACCAACUCAUCGCCUACCACGACGACGAGACCCAACUCCUGCACAACACCACCACUCUCAACUACCUCAACGUCAUGUUCUUCUACCACGACAAACGGAGGGCCGUCAACCGCAAAACCAACACCGACGAGGCCGAGACCGGCGCCACCUCCUCUCACUGCUACUUCUCGCUCUACGCCAUCAAACGCUACUUCACCGAGAAAAGCAAAACGUUCAAGCGCGAGUGGGCUCUGAACACGCCGCAGUUUCCUUUCGAUGAAGAUUUGGUCACCAGCAGAGACACCAUCAAGCAGUGGCUCCGCGAGGUUUCCUACCAGUCGAACGGUGUGUUUUCCUCUUCUGCUUCUUUUGAACUUUUGGAACUCUCUGAGAGAACUUGAAAGUUGUCCUUUUCGUUAACUAGAUUUAUUGGAGACUCACUCACCAUCCGAACUCAUAGUGGUGUUUCUGAAGGAGACUGGGAUCACGGAAUGUAG